CGGUUUUCGAUGUACCAAAAAAUAACCAAAAAUACUCAUUUGACACAGUUUUGUUUAUGUACUUAUAUCCGAACUACAAUAUUUUAUCCGAAAAUACACGAAAUUAUUGAAAAUAACUAAUAUAUUAAAUUUAUAAUUAAAAUUAAAAUAAUUAUACAUAUAACUAUAAAUAAUAUUUUGAAAUAUAUUUUAUUUUGGAUAUCUUCGGAUACCCAUUCGGUUUUUGGUUCGGGUCGGGUUGGAUAUCGGUUUUUCGGAUACAACAGUUUAGGACUCAAACUGUUAUUUCUGAAGAACCGAAUAAACCUGAUAUCCUGAUUUUUGGGUCGGUUCCGGUUCGAGUUCUCGGGUCCGGUUUUUGUGCCCAUGCCUAAUAUUUACUAUGAAAAGAAAGAGUAGCCCGAUUUAUCCUAGGAUAAUCCGAAAACUAAAAUUAGUAAAAGGCGGUCUAAUGGAUUAGUAAAAGGGCCCAUUACUGUCGUCCAUAAAACCGGAACACAAUACAUCAGCGACGAGGCGCCUCCAUCGUGUCUCUCUCUCGUAGAAAAAGAGAAUGACGCAGUUGGACGGGUACUACAGUGGAAGAGUGCUCGGUACUGAGAGAGCAAUGCGAUGUCUUACUCUAGAACGUGGCAAAGUAGCUGAAGCCGUCAAGUUGUACGCUGAAGCUUUUCAAGCAAAGUUAAUCGAUGAUGACUACGAAGACAAAAGUGUUCAACUGAAGAUGCUCAACUCGUAUGUAAUUAUUUCUCCGAUGGGUGCUUGUGGAGAUUGUUUCGUAGAACUAGGUACAGACCUCGACUCUAUUGGACGGCUAAGACAUGAUAAAAGAUUUGUUGAAGUUGAGCAAAAAAGGCCUACAGGAAACGAAAGUGUAAUGCUGAAAGAUCCUUUUGGUAUCUACUUUGUUCUGAUAGAGGAAAAGAAGAUAACUCGGUCUAGUAGUGGUGAAGCUAUCUUGAAUAGGCGUAUGAUGCCUAGCAGCAUUGCCUACGCAUUUCCUCAAGAUAUCAGGCCCAAUGAGCUUUGUACUAUUAAGCUCACAGCGCUGUUUGUAAUCCGAUAUGGGAUCGCUUUUCAAAAGGCUUUGGAGAAGAUAGCGUCUACUGAGUUUGGGUUCCUGAACGUAAAUCAUAUCAGGAGGGUUGUUUAUAUCGAGUUUCGUCGAGUCUACGCCUCGAUAUUGAAGCCUUCUAAAGAGGUGAAUAGAAGUUGCGAUUUUUUGGGCAAGGCACUCGAGUUAUUUUUCCACCUUCUUCAGCUGGAGCAGGUGAAAAUGGGAGUGUGCAGGAGGUCGGUGAUGGAAGUGGACGCUUUUACUGCUGCUGCAGACUACUUAGCCUACAUGGACGUUGUUGGCUACUCUGACGUCAUGCCUCUACCUCAACGUCGUUCCGUGAUGAUAGCGCAGCUAAAGGAGCAAACUCUGAGAAGGCCCAUGUCCGCUCCGUGGUCUACUAUCUUUGGUGUCUCACCCGAGGUGCUUGGAGUUAUUAAGCUCACGGCUAUGUUUGCGGCGCGGUAUGGGAAACGCAUCGGUUGGGAAUUGAUGGAGAAAGUGGGCAAGAGACCGCUUUUUAGUUUUCUGGACCCAAGUGACCAUUGCGGGUUCACUUGUUAUAACAUGGUUGUUAAGGUCUAUUCCAAAGUGUUGGAGAAUUUCGAACUACUCUAUACGACGGAUAUCGUUCUUGAAAGAUAUUUCCAGUGUCUUCCGUGGGGCGAGGAAAAGGAUGAGCUUAAAGAUUUGGAUGAUUUGUAUUCUUUUGUGGAAUGUGUAGACUCUUUUGCUCAGAUGGAGGAUCAAGAUUUUUAUCAUUUUAUGGGGAACCUUCAACCACAUGUGUACCCUUUUCAUGAUCAGACCUCUCUAGUUCAUAGUCGAGUACAUGUGUUGUGCCCUUUUCAUCAUGAGACUUCUCCAGCAAAUGUUCAGGAGGAGGGUUCUUCUAGUGUCGAGGUUUCUGUUCCAACGGUGAAUGGAAGGAAAGUGCUGGAGAUAACAGUGGACUCGUGGUUAUUGGAAAAGGUGGCGAGUUUGAAGGAGAAGAUAGCCAAGAUGAUGCAAAUGCAAGCUAAGGAACUGAAGUUAAGGAGAAAAUCAGGAGGUGUUUUAAAGGAGGACAAGUCACUUGCAGAUAACAACGUUGAAGCAGGACAAAUGUUAACAGCGACUUGGCGCUUUUCUAGAUGGGAAGUGAACGGAGGGAGUAUUAUGGAUGCUUGAAUUAGUGACUUUUGACUAUUGUUAUGAAUGCUUAAUUUGCUACGAUCAUCCUAGCUAUAAGCAAAUGUCAGAUCGAUGCGCUUUGCCCAUUUUGACACUACGAGCAGUAAGGUUAUUUUAGCAGCACCUCACUAAACAUCAACAUGUGGUAGUUUCAUGUUUGUUUUUUCAAUGGUCAAUUGACUACAUCAGUUCAACAUCUUUUAUGAUUCA